AAACCCCAAAUCGAAAACCCUAACCCCAUCAAUAAUCAAUUCUGGGCAUUCGACGAGCACCGAACAAGUGUAUUGUACGCCUUACCAUUUUGUAAGCGAAACUAAUUUCUCGACAUUGUGCGACAUUUCUGAUUAGGUUUAUGCCCCACAAGAUCACCUUAGUUUCAUCACCAUUAUCUUACAUCUUCCAAGAAAAGACGACUUCGUCUUCUGAUAAAUCGGGGGAAAAGGUCAUGGCGUCGAAGGCGCAGUUGGCAAAGAAGCGAUCGGCUCUCGCAGACAUCACGAACCAAAAGAAUGGCUCUCAGACUGGUCCGAAAACUUCAUCAUUUCCAUUGAAGCCUAUGGUUCCAUGUAUGGCAAAAAUUGCCAAAACAAAGAGUGAAUUUUCUGCCUGCAUUCCAAGUACAGACAUCUCAAGACAUACUUUGCUGGAAUCCUCGAGUUCGAAACCAACGAUUGGGGUUCCUUCAAGCAAUGCUUCUCUAACUAUAAGGGAUACCGCUCUUAUUGCACAACGUAGGAUAACUAAUGCACCGAGGUGCAUUGAUGCUUCUCCAAGUAGAUCAGUUGGUGUUUCUGUCUAUUUGGACGGGAACUUUUCUAUUUGUGAUUCCUUGAAGUGUCAAGAUUUUGAUUGUGAUGAUAAUGAGGAAGUUUCAUCAGCUGUUAAUUCUAUUGAGGGAAAGCCAAGUAACAGUUUCUGCAUUUCCGAAGAUUUGGGAAAACCAGGAAGCACGUGCAAUAGAGAUGUAUUCUUUGAUGUGGAAACGACUGAUAAAGUUGCCUUUAUUGACAAUUUGAUCAACCCCCAGUUCUUUGCAACCAUCGCUUCUGACGUAUACAAAUAUUUGCGUGCAUCUGAGGCUAAUUACAGACCUUCUCUGGACUUUAUGGAAAGGAUCCAAAAAGACAUCACUGCCAGCAUGCGUGCUAUGUUGAUUGAUUGGCUUGUGGAGGUUGCCGAAGAGUACAGGCUACAACCUGAUACGCUAUUUUUGUCUGUUAACUACAUAGACCGCUAUCUUUCUGGCACUGUAAUGAAAAGACAACGGUUACAAUUGCUUGGGGUUGCAUGCAUGAUGAUUGCAGCUAAAUAUGAGGAGAUCACCGCACCCCAUGUAGAAGAGUUUUGUUAUGUAACUGACAAUACGUACUUCAAGGAAGAGGUCUUGCAAAUGGAGUCAGCUGUGCUGAACCACUUGAAGUUUGAAAUGGGAGCUCCAACUGCUAUUUGUUUUUUGAGGCGAUUUGUUUGUGUAGCUCAACUGACCAGCGAGGUUCCAUCAAUGCAUAUGGAAUGUAUGGCCAACUAUCUUGCAGAGCUAUCUCUUCUGGAUUAUGGCAUGCUUUGUUAUGCCCCAUCAUUAAUAGCGGCUUCUGCUACUUUCUUGGCCAAAUAUAUACUGUCUCCAGUAAAUAAACCUUGGAAUUCUACAUUGAUGUCUUACACAUUUUAUCAAGCUUCUGACUUGCGUGAAUGUGUCAAGGCUCUGCAUCAUCUGUGGUGUAGUGGCAGUAAUUCUAAUUUGCCUGCAAUUCGGGAGAAGUACAGUCACCAUAAGUACAAAUUUGUAGCACAGAAAUACUGUCCUUUGUCAUUACCUCCGGAGUUCUUCCAAGAUUUAAGCCACUAGAUUUUACAGCUUCACAUGUUGCUGGUUGUAUUAAGAUGCACCUGAAGAUUACCAGUUAUUACCACCUUCUGCUGGUUUGUUUUGAC